AUGAACAUGUCUGCUACCGCUUCUGACACCACUGCUACCAGCGCGGCGUUCCCUUCGACAUCGCUGGCCCAGUCCACCUCGCCUGCCCUCCUCGCCCCUUCGCCCAAAGUCCCGCUCGACCACUUCGGCGCGAUGCAGACCGAUGAGUCUUCCGAACAGAGCGACGAGCCUGCAGAGGCGAAGCAACCGUCGACAGGUCGCGAGGCGAAGUGGGACGACGAAGACGAGGUCUGGCGCUGCUUGGAUUGCUUCUGGGAGGUUGAGUACGGCGAGUGCGUGGACUGCGGGAAGACGUAUGAGCGCUCUGAGGAGACCAUCGUUCGCGAGGAAGAGCGUUUCGCCGGCAGCGAGCAGCUCGAGCCAAUCGUCCCGAAGAGUCGCCCGCCUUCGCCUUGGCUGCCUGAAGCGUUCCUUUCUGCAGCGAAAGAGCCGCUCUCCAAGGAGGACCAGGUCAAGUGCCUUCUCGCUCGCGGCGCGACGACCAAAAUGAUUGAGCGGUACGACCUCGAGUACUCGCCGCUCCGCGGCAUCAUCGCAACCGCAGACGACGAGCUCGAGGAUUCCUUCUUCCCCGAUGGAUUCGAGCUCGCACAGUACGAGCGUUCUCCGCAGGAGAUCGCGAAGCUGAGGGAGGAGGACGAGAACUUCUUCCCGAGGGUUCCCUUUCCGAUGCAGAAGUCAGACGACAAGCACCCUUGGCGCAUCCACCUCGGCGACUGGAUCGUUCUUAGCCCGCUCGACCCCUACGGCGACGACUUCGUUUUCAACGCUGUUGAGUACCUUCUGUGGCAAUCCGACCACGGCAACGCAGCAACUGUCGUCGAACAGUUUGGCGACUUCGGCGACGAUGGCCAACGUUUCGUCACGCGCGAGUUGGCUGAAGGCGAGAAGAUCAUGACGCUGGGCGACUUCGCAGGGGAGUGGCCCUCGCUCAGCCACGCCUACGACAUAGACGAAGCCAGCAUCCUCUGCAUUCCCGUCGAGACCGACGAAUACUGGGAACCGCUUCUGCUUGUCGAGGCGAAGAAGUCGGACGAGGAGACGGAGGAACUGAAUGCAACGACGGCUGAACUCUGGGCUGGCAGCGAAGUUGAGAAGGAGCAAGACGACGAGUCGGAGGCGCAGGAGUCGGGGGGCGACAUCAGCAUGCAGGUGGAGGCGGAGCAGAGCGGCGAGGCGGAGCAGCCUGCGACGGAGCGUAUGGAGGAUGAGCCGGAGGAGCCGGGCGAGAUCUUCGAGUUUGCUUGA